UAAUGCUAUAAAAUAUACCACAUUUUUUUAUGUCGCAAAAAAAUAUCCUUUUAUAUUUUACGUGUAAUGUACAAGAUAGUUUCAUUAACAUUAUUAGAUUGUGUCGCCAUCUAUUGAAAUAAAAUGAUCAUAAGCGAUUGGAAUGACCUCUAUUCUAAUAUUUGGAACAUAUUGGAAUUAUUUACGACGAAAACAAUAUUAACCUAUCUAUGUUCUAAAUUACUAAAGGAUUUACAUUAUAAUAUAAUAUAAAUUUAGAUUCUGUUCAAUUUGACAAGAAGAUUGUUCCACUUUGUUUAUCUAUAAUAUUAUAUAGAUCGAAUGACGAGCAAUUUAAUGUUUUUAUCAAAUCUCAUUCUUUCUCGAAAAAAACGAAAUCAUUAAAAAGAAUCUCAUUUCAUGCAAUUUGGAAACAAUUGAAAAAGUUAAAUCCACGAGUUGGAAUCCAAUGGACGAGGAAAUAUACAUUAUCGUGAUGGUAGAUUUUCUUGGACUAAUUGUAAGUAGCAGACAACGACCUCAUAUGACUCAUCGUCCGGCUAUACGAACCGGCGCGGUCGGUGUCUCGCUCCAUGAAUUUGACUUAACUCGAGACAGUGUCUACCAAUUACGAGGUAUACUCUAUCCUUGAUGUAAAAGAAAUUUUUUCGAUUUAAAACAUGCAUUGUCAUUUGUAUUUGCGAAUCGUUUAUUUCGUGCGAGGAUAUGGAGGAUAUAUCAGGUUACAGAAACGAAGAGAAGAUAAUGAUAAUAUUUACCGUUUUUUCAAUCGAUACAGGUAUAUAUGUAGGUAGUAUUACACAUAUAUAUAUACAUACAUAUAUAUAUACAUACUCGAAUUGUAUUAUAUCAAAGAAUUGCAAUCUCUGGAAAACGAAAACAGUGUUGAAUAAAGAGAGAGCAAUCGAUGGCACGAGACAGGGGUGAAAAACGGGCAGAGGGAAUGAGUUACAAUAAUAGAAAAAGGGAUUCUACAACGGCAGGGGAUCGUGAAACAGUAGCAAGCGCAGCUGGAGACGAAAUGACACGACGCGGUUAUCGUAUUCGUCUCAACAGGGUAUGACAGUCAAGAAAACCGAAGAGACUCACGGCGUUUUUAAGAGUGACUCACUCAGACGAAAUGGUCCCAGUCCAAUGGUUUAGUCGUUUUUCUUCCUUUUUUCUUUCUUUUUUUUAUUCAGAACGUUUCAUACCAGGCACGAGAAUGCAUGAAAUUUAUGGCUCGCGCAAAUUCAAACAGAGGCGAUCGAAAGUAAAGUUCAUUGGAUUCCGAGCGCGUAAACCCGAGAAACAUCCUCGUGAUCGAGUUACAUUUCCGGUGGAUGCUCUUCGAGUCCAUCGAACUGGAUAUCCUGUUCUCGCUUCAUGGCUCUUUUUUCGAGCGCAAAUGUAUCUCCAUCACGAAACCCUUCCUAGCGAAAGGUAGUCGAUCGAUCGUUCCGUUUGGCGUGGACAAACCCAUGUAAAGAUGCAAAGUAGUAUGAAACAAAGAAGCGUAUACGCAUGCAUAUGUAUGAAGGAAAAAAUCAAUCGGAAGAAAGAAAAGGAAGAUUUUUUUCUUUUGGAUCGAAACUACGUGUCAUUGACCGAAAAGUCGAUAGGAUAUGGGCUGUUGGUCGGUCUGUUGGUUCUUUGGGCGAUCGACUCGUGCGACGUAUAUACUCGUUUGGAGAAUCUUCUCCCCCUCCAUGAGCUCCGCGCCGCCAGGCCAGAAGCGCGUCGCGUAACCGAGUGGAGAGUCGAUCUCAGGACACCGACACGAGUACGUUUCCUCGCCAGUUUCGCUCCGCAGGCUCCACACCACUGGUGCACUCCUGCGCGACACUCGAUUGCACUUGGCUCGCUGCACACGCUCUCUCGUCGCGCUGCCCGCACUCGCCUCUACGCACAUCACGCAUAUUCGUUACUACGCAAGGACUAUCCCUAUUGAGGACUGUCCUCCGCCGGCUUUCUUUCCACUCUCUCUUCAUUCUCGAGGGAUCAGCUGUUUGCCCAGCUGCACCAUUUUUUCCCUUGGCACGCGUUAGAGACAAGCUAGCUUCAAAAUGAGGGAGAUCGUACAUCUGCAGGCUGGACAAUGCGGAAACCAGAUUGGUGCAAAGUUCUGGGAAGUGAUCUCCGAGGAGCACGGCAUCGACCAAUCGGGCAUUUAUCACGGAGAUAGCGAUCUGCAAUUGGAGCGAAUUUCCGUCUACUAUAACGAGGCUUCUGUGGCGACCUCGACCAAUGGAGGAAAGUACGUGCCGAGGGCGAUUCUCCUGGACCUCGAGCCGGGAACGAUGGACGCCGUUCGAUCAGGCGCCUACGGGAAGCUGUUCCGCCCCGACAAUUUCGUGUUCGGCCAGUCGGGGGCUGGGAACAAUUGGGCGAAGGGGCACUACACGGAGGGGGCGGAGUUGGUCGACUCGGUGCUGGACGUGGUGAGGAAGGAAUGCGAGAACUGCGACUGCCUGCAAGGUUUCCAACUGACUCAUUCCCUCGGCGGCGGUACUGGGUCCGGCAUGGGCACGCUGCUCAUCUCCAAGAUCCGGGAGGAGUACCCGGAUCGAAUAAUGAACACGUACUCGGUGAUGCCGUCGCCCAAAGUGUCGGACACGGUGGUGGAGCCUUACAACGCGACCCUGUCCGUUCACCAGCUGGUCGAGAACACCGACGAGACCUAUUGCAUCGACAACGAAGCUCUCUACGACAUCUGCUUCCGCACGCUCAAAGUGUCGAAUCCCAGCUACGGGGACUUGAAUCAUUUGGUCUCGCUCACCAUGUCGGGGGUGACCACUUGCCUCAGGUUCCCCGGCCAGUUGAACGCCGAUCUGAGGAAGCUGGCCGUCAACAUGGUCCCGUUCCCGCGUCUGCACUUCUUCAUGCCCGGGUUCGCCCCUCUCACGUCCAGAUCGAUGCAGCAAUAUUCCGCGCUCUCGGUCCCGGAGCUCACCCAGCAGAUGUUCGACGCGAAGAACAUGAUGGCCGCCUGCGACCCGAGGCACGGCCGUUAUCUCACCGUGGCCGCCGUGUUCCGCGGCAGGAUGUCGAUGAAGGAGGUGGACGAGCAAAUGUUGAGCGUGCAGAACAAGAACAGCUCGUACUUCGUCGAGUGGAUCCCGAACAACGUGAAGACGGCCGUGUGCGACAUCCCGCCCAAGGGCUUGAAAAUGUCCUCGACGUUCAUCGGGAACACGACCGCAAUUCAAGAAUUGUUCAAGCGGAUCUCCGAGCAGUUCACAGCCAUGUUCCGGAGGAAAGCGUUCUUGCACUGGUACACGGGCGAGGGUAUGGACGAGAUGGAGUUCACCGAGGCCGAGUCGAACAUGAACGACCUCGUCUCCGAGUAUCAGCAGUAUCAAGAGGCCACCGCCGAAGAAGAUUUCGAAGCCGAGGAAUGCGCCGACGAUUUCGAGACCUGCGACCAGGAGUGAAUCGACUGAAAUCGCUAAAGAAUAUUUUCUCUCUCUUUUUCUCUAGCAAUCUCUAUCCACCGAAUCGGACGUCUUUCUUCCCUCUUCUCCGUUCCCUAACCUUCGAUUCGGUGUCUCGAGUCUCUCUUAUUUUCUUUUCUACUUUUAUACGUCAAGUCUUUUACAAUCGCGGAGUUUGUUGCACCGAUCGAACUGCGACACGCUUCGCGGAAAGAAAGAGCGAAAAUAGCGGGAAAAAGAAGAAGAAGAAGAAGAAGAGGAAUAAAUCGAUACGCAGCGUUCUCGGGAAACGAUUCCACGAAACGUGAAACAACCAAAGCACCCGAACCAAAAAUUUUAUCUAUGCAUUCUCGUUGCAUCCACGACAACGUUGUAUCGACAUGUAUGUAUUUUAAUCGUGGCACGCGUUUCGCAAUGUAGUUUCGCAACAAGUUUGUUCCUUGCAGGAAAAAUAUACGUUUUUUUCAAUCA